UAAAUUCUUUAUAACAUAUAGUUUGGUGGUGAUAAUUAAAGUUAAUUGUUUUAAUUUUGUUGUUAAUUAAGUAUUUAUUAUGGAAAGUGCUCCCUUCGAUGACCAGCCAUUUGUUGAUUAUAAUAAUCAACCGUUGCCAUCACUAAGUUCGACUUUAUUAAACAAAAAUCAGGAUAAUAUCAAUGUACAUUCAAUCCAAGUGAUGUUAGGUUUGCAACAGCAACAUGAUAUGUUUGGAAAUAUGGGAUCAACAUUAGAAUAUAAAGGACCCACACAAAAAUUAGAUAAUUCUCAAAUUCAUCAGGAUCUAGGAUUGUUUCAACAAGGAAUGGAUAAUGCAAACAACAAUGUUCAAAGAAAACCGGAAGAUGUGGUAAUUCAAUCACAAAAUUUAAGUUCAACGGAUACAGGAACUGUCACCCCUAUACCAAAGAAAAAUGAUAAAAAGAAAAAUGAUAAUGGAGUAAAAAAGAAAAAAACACGAACUACUUUUACUGCAUUUCAAUUGGAAGAAUUGGAAAGGGCAUUUGAGAGGGCUCCAUACCCUGAUGUUUUUGCGAGGGAAGAAUUAGCUUUAAAAUUAAACCUAAGCGAAUCAAGAGUACAAGUUUGGUUUCAAAAUCGGCGAGCUAAAUGGAGAAAACGUGAACCUCCAAGAAAGAGUGGAUAUAUUAGCUCAAAUUCUCCAAACUCAAAUUUAUCCAAUAAUUUUAAUAAUACAUUACCAUUUACUCAAUCUAAUACUUUGGGAUCAACCGCAACACCAGUGGAAACUUGGAAUUACCAAUCUUCAUACGACUUGGGAACACAUUUAAAUUUAUUAAAUCCAAAUUCAGGUUCUUAUUCAAGCUUUGGAUCUCCUGGCUCGUACUCAAGUUUUGGUUCUACACAAAAUAGCUAUUCAUAUAUGCUUAAUUCACAUGAAGGUCAAUUGUUUAGUACGCCAAUUCGCGCACAUGAUUAUACAACACCGCCAAAUCAAAGUCCGACAUUAGGAAGAGAGUAUUCAAUGUUGCAAACACAUUCUUCGAACGAUGAAGAAAAUGGCAUUGGAGUUAAAAUUGAGUAUGUUGAUCAAACAACAAAUCUAAAUGAAUCUCCAGAAAGGUAUACUAGUGGGUCACCUAACUAUGAACAUGGUUUUCAUGAAGAAGAAAGAAUAAAAGAAAUAAAAUCGGAAAAUGGAAGCAAUCAAACUUAUGUAACCUUACCCCCAUUUUUAAAUUAAAUUAAUUAAAAGAACUAAUUUAUAAAUUAAUAUAUAUUUUUACUGUU